CACACAUUUCCCGAAACCACGUUGUCAGCCAUAGAAACAACCGGCCAACCGUUUACCUUACCUUUUCCCUUCUUUCUUUCCUUUAGGUGCUCACCUGAAAAAAAUCAACCGCUCACAAACGUAACGUCAACAAAAGGUGGUGCAUGGGCGAGCACCCACCCAUCAACAACAAUUCAACCCAUUUCUCACCUUGUGCAUUCAUUCCAGAUUUGCAUCGAGGUGUGAGACAGAUCAAGAGAUACCUUUUCCAAGCAUUGACUUGGCUGGGGUUUCCAGCGGGAUUUACCAGCCGAGUCGAGUCAGGUCGAGUCGAGUCGAGUCCCAUUAGUUUUCACCAACUUUAUUAGUCUCCAUUCCAAUCAGAAAUAAAAAGUAUCCGUCUCGUCUGUCCUACAAUUUAACAUCCAUCUCCACACCGCCGAAAAUGGCGCCUAUAAUACCACCGCACCUAGCGGCCCAGGCCCGUAGCGUGCUAUCCGCCGCCCGCAGCACCGCUCACGACCUCACCGCCCGCACGGCCUCCGACCUCCAAAACCUCGGGCCCCUAGCAGCGCGGUCGAUCCUGCUGGCGCGAGACGGCGACGACAAUAGCGGGCAGGAGAAGGUGGACCCGCACAAGGGUGCGGUGCGGCCGCAGGACAUCAACAACACGUUCGUGUUCGUGCUGUUCGGGCUGAUCGGCGCGGGCUUCGUGUGCACGGGGAUCUGGUUCUUCUUCUGGGCGAAGAACGGCGGCUUCUACUUCAAGGAGGACGACUGGGAAGACUACAAGUCCACCGUGCUGCGGCGCAAGGGCCCCAACGGCACCAUCCUGUCCAACGCCACCCCCACCACCCAGCUCGGCGGCGGCUCCGUCUACAAGGACGUCGACGACGGCCGCACCGAGUACACCGGCGGCCUGACUCAGCUGUCCGCCGCCGACACGGGCAGCACGCUGACGGGCAUCACGGCCGGCGCCUCGGACCUGGCGGCGCGCGAGCGCCGGCGGCAGAAGCGCGAGCGCAAGGACCGCGAGCGCGAGAAGAAGAAGGACCGCCGGAACCGCGAGAAGUCGGGGCGGCGCGUCGGCGAGGACGGCGUGCUCGUCGACGAGCAGGCCGAGGCGGAGGCCAAGGACCAGCUGCGCGCGUACCGCGAGGAGAAGCCCGCGCGGGUGGGCGGCAUCAACAAGGAGAGCGAGGGCAGCACCUGGGACGGGUCGACGAAUCCGGAGAGCUCGACCGCGGGUAGUGACCUCCACAGCAACAACCGGCACAGCAGUCGACACGGUGGCGGAGGAAGUAGUAGCAGCAGCAGCGGUGUUACCGAGACCACGGCGGACGGGGGCCGACAUAAGAGCGGCGGCGGUGGGAUUCGCAAGGUGUACAGUACCGCGGACCGCAACGCCGAGCGGGAGAAGCGUGCGGAGGCUCGGCGUCUGCGCGAGGAGAGCCGUGCCAGCGGCGGCAGCGGUGGUGCCGGCGUGAAGCGGGACUACAGUUUCCAGCGGGCGCGGGCGGCGCCGCACAGCACCGCGGUGGCGUCGUCGUCAGUGAUGCGGCAGAACACGAUCGAGGAGGAGCCGCAGGAGAUGGCGCAGCAGCACAGCAUGGGAAACAGGUUCCUGCCGGCGCCAGGCGGGUGGACGCCUACGGAGGUGAGCGCCGAGAGCGCGGACACGGGGACCAAGUCCUACCACCACGUCAUUCCCGGCUUGUCGCCUAGCACCCUGAGCGGCGGCGGCACGGAUGUCAGGGAUUAUGCGGAGGAUAGGGAUAGGGACCGAGAACGAGACCGAGACCGUGAUCGGGACCGGGAGAAGGAUAAGAAGAAGAAGCGUAGCUCGAGGGGACAUCGGAGGGAGUAGGAGGAAAGCUAAAUGGAUGGACGGGGGGGUAAUGUGAGU